UACACACUCAGAUCCGGGUUGGGGGGAGCUGCAGCGCGAGACAGCGCGAGCCUCCGAGAAAGCGCGAGACACGCCGGCGCGUGCAGCUCCCCGGACUCAGCUUCGUCCCGGCCGGAGCCCGGCGCCACCCGCAGUUGGCCCGCUCGCGCCCGUUCAGGGCAUUUAUGCGGCGGCCGGGUCCUCCCGCCGCAGCUUCCUCGGGUCCCCCCAUCCCUGGCGUCCCCUCAACUCGCGGCCGCGGCUGCUGGGACUCGAACGUGGGUGUGUUGUUCGGGGGCUUCUGCCUGGGCGCGCUGCGGGUGCCACCUCCCGGGACUCUGCCCACGGGGUCUCUGGUUGCGAUCAAACAAAUAAGAGAAGUCUGUUGAAGUUUGACCCUCGCCUACUCUGUAAAUAGAAGAAUUUUCUGGCGAAAAUAAGAUUACAAACACGAAGAAAAAAAACUGCUGCCUCCGGAGAGAGGGCUAAAGCUCCCCCUCCACUCAGCUCUUCCAGUGUGAUGCUGGGGCUGAAUGUACUUAGGAUUCCAUUCCAAGGUUGACUUGAAAGUGCGUGGAAGAUUAAGAAAAGAAAGGUAUUAAGUCAUGAUGCAGGAAUCUGCGACAGAGACAAUAAGCAACAGUUCAAUGAAUCAAAAUGGAAUGAGCACUCUAGGCAGCCAAUUAGAUGCUGGCAGCAGAGAUGGGAGACCAAGUGGUGACACCAGCUCUGAAGUAAGCACAGUGGAGCUGCUGCAUCUGCAACAACAGCAGGCUCUCCAGGCAGCAAGACAACUUCUGUUACAGCAGCAAACAAGUGGGCUGAAAUCUCCUAAGAGCAGUGACAAACAGAGGCCAUUGCAGGUCCCCGUGUCAGUGGCCAUGAUGACGCCCCAGGUGAUCACUCCUCAGCAGAUGCAACAGAUUCUUCAGCAGCAGGUCCUGUCUCCUCAGCAGCUCCAAGCCCUCCUCCAGCAGCAGCAGGCAGUGAUGCUACAGCAGCAACAACUACAAGAGUUUUACAAGAAACAGCAAGAACAGUUACAUCUUCAGCUUUUGCAGCAGCAGCAACAGCAGCAGCAGCAACAGCAGCAGCAGCAACAACAGCAACAGCAGCAGCAACAACAGCAGCAGCAGCAGCAGCAGCAACAGCAGCAGCAGCAGCAUCCUGGCAAGCAAGCAAAGGAGCAACAGCAACAGCAGCAGCAGCAGCAGCAGCAGCAGCAACAGCAGCAGUUGGCCGCCCAGCAGCUUGUCUUCCAGCAGCAGCUUCUCCAAAUGCAGCAACUGCAGCAGCAGCAGCAUCUGCUCAGCCUUCAGCGUCAGGGCCUCAUCUCCAUCCCACCAGGCCAAGCGGCCCUCCCUGUCCAGUCGCUGCCUCAAGCUGGCCUAAGCCCUGCCGAGAUUCAGCAGCUGUGGAAAGAAGUGACUGGAGUCCACACUAUGGAAGACAAUGGCAUUAAACACGGAGGGCUAGACCUCACCACGAACAACUCCUCCUCGACUACCUCCUCCACCACUUCCAAAGCAUCACCACCAAUAACACAUCACUCCAUAGUGAACGGACAGUCUUCAGUCCUGAAUGCAAGGCGGGACAGCUCGUCACAUGAGGAGACUGGCGCCUCCCACACGCUCUAUGGCCAUGGAGUUUGCAAGUGGCCAGGCUGUGAAAGCAUUUGUGAAGAUUUUGGACAGUUUUUGAAGCACCUUAACAAUGAGCAUGCAUUGGAUGACCGGAGCACCGCCCAAUGUCGAGUGCAAAUGCAGGUGGUACAGCAGUUAGAAAUCCAGCUUUCGAAGGAACGUGAACGGCUUCAAGCGAUGAUGACCCACUUGCACAUGCGACCCUCAGAGCCCAAACCAUCUCCCAAACCUCUAAAUCUGGUGUCUAGUGUCACCAUGUCGAAGAACAUGUUGGAGACCUCCCCACAGAGCUUACCUCAAACCCCUACCACACCAACGGCCCCAGUCACCCCGAUUACCCAGGGACCCUCAGUAAUCACCCCAGCCAGUGUGCCCAAUGUGGGAGCCAUAAGAAGGCGACAUUCAGACAAAUACAACAUCCCCAUGUCAUCAGAGAUUGCCCCGAACUACGAAUUUUAUAAAAAUGCAGAUGUUAGGCCUCCAUUUACUUAUGCAACUCUCAUAAGGCAGGCUAUCAUGGAGUCCUCUGACAGACAGUUAACGCUUAAUGAAAUUUACAGCUGGUUUACCCGGACAUUCGCUUACUUCCGGCGGAACGCUGCAACUUGGAAGAAUGCAGUACGUCAUAAUCUUAGCCUGCACAAAUGUUUUGUUCGAGUAGAAAAUGUUAAAGGAGCAGUGUGGACUGUGGAUGAAGUAGAAUACCAGAAGCGAAGGUCACAAAAGAUAACAGGAAGUCCAACUUUAGUAAAAAAUAUACCUACAAGUUUGGGCUAUGGAGCAGCUCUUAAUGCCAGUCUUCAGGCUGCCUUGGCAGAGAGCAGUUUGCCUUUGCUAAGUAACCCUGGACUGAUCAAUAACGCCUCCAGUGGCCUCCUGCAGGCCGUCCAUGAAGACCUCAAUGGUUCCCUGGACCACAUCGACAGUAAUGGGAACAGCAGUCCGGGCUGCUCGCCUCAGCCACACAUACAUUCGAUCCACGUCAAGGAAGAACCUGUGAUUGCAGAGGAUGAAGACUGUCCCAUGUCUUUAGUGACAACAGCCAAUCACAGUCCGGAGUUAGAGGAUGACAGAGAGAUUGAGGAAGAGCCUUUAUCUGAAGACCUGGAAUGAGAAUGAACUUGUGACACCUCAGUGUGAAGGGACAUAUCACUGACCUUCAUAACCACUCCACAACCAUGAAUAUUUGACACAUUUUUACUGUGACUAUUUAUUAAGCAUGGAUAAAGGAGACAGCCCUAAAGGAACUUAUCAAGCCAGCCCUUUGGGAUUCAGAACCAACAGGCAAAAUGCUUGUUUUCUUCUCUCUCUCUGUCUUUAUCAUUUAUUUCUUUAUUUUUACUUUUCUUUUUCUUUUUUCUUUUUUAGAAAAAAAAAAGCAAAAAACUGAUUUUCUUGGGAAAAAAAAAAAAGAACUGUUCUUUCCAUAAUGGCUCUGCCCAUUUAAAAAAUGUGGCUCUUAAGGGUUCAUGAAAUGACUGAAUAUGAGGAUCCAUGUCCUAUAGAAAGCAACUGCGCCUCAUAUACUGCCAAAAAUAGUGUUAGUUUCAUUAAUGUGAAUUUUCCAGCAUUCAGUAGUUGUAAUGUUAGAAACAAUUGCUGGUCAAGUUCAACUUGUUGCUAUUGUUUUUUAAUUUGCACAGGAGUAGUAUCAGAAAUUAGUGUCACUGCUUGUAUCUAGCUCAAUUUUAAACAACAGAACAUUAGUUUUUUAUGUUGGUGCCACCAACUGUAAAUGACAUAAGUUAGUUAUUACAAAACACAGUAAUUAGACUGUUGCAACCAUCUAAAACCUUAGGCUUCCAGUCUGUGCUGUUAGUGUUGAGAUGUAAAGUGCAAUCCUAAGCUAACAUUAUCUGUGCAAGCACCAUAGAAACAUUUGCAUAUCUGCAUAGAUCUUACAACUGUACUCUUUACCUCCUUGUGAUAAAGCUUUGUCUACCUGCAAACACAGUCAAAGGCUACAGCUGCAAACCAAAGCCAACUCUAACCAUGGCCAAGAGCUCCAGGACAGAAGCAGCCACACGCUUUGGUCAGCCUUCUGUAACUUCAAUUAGUACAAAGGAACCUUUUCCAUGAACUACCUGCUGUUUUCUGAUGACCUCUGGGAUCUUUUCAUUUAGCCCUAAACAAAGAAACAAAUAUGACAAAAAUAAAAAAAAAAAUCACCACAACUAAAAGAGUUGAUUCAGUCACAGAGUAAUCUUCUGAGGCCAAAAGUCCAUCUAAAUGCAAUGAAGAUUUGCUUUCAUUAAAGACAGAGGUGAGGACAAAAUCUGCAGUGGAAGUUAUGACAUGCUAGAAAGCAACAAAUGUGGAUCACUGACCAAAACAAUUGUGUACUUGAUGCAAAUGCAGAUUGCGUAUUGUUAUAUAUAUAUAGUACAUUGUGUUUUUGUUUUCUCCAUCCAGUCAAUUCUUUUUGGUGGUGAGUACAUGUUGUUAGAAGUACAUGUCUUGUAUGGUCUUAAUCUCUGUCGUGUACUAUUUUUUUAUAGUCUUAAGUUAUAAUAAAAAUAAAAAACAAAAAGUAGGAACCAAACAUAAAAGGUCUAGUAAAGCCAAAAAUUAAUUUCCUAUUGAUUUUAAAGUGAUCUAGCUGAGUUUUUACACUGAAAGCAAAGAUUAUAGCAAGUGUAGCCCAUGGUAUUUAUUUUCAGUCAAACCAAAGUUACAUAUACUUCUGCCUCUUCUUAUAUGGGAUAUAAACACUACCACACUCCCUUCAAAGACUUGCGCAGGCCAAAUUGUUGGAAUGCUGAUUUUCUUGACAACUCUAAACCCCAAAACUAUGAUAAUACGUUAUGGUGUAGUUGAAGAUAGCAUAGCCAGAUGUUUGCUUAAAACCUAGAGACUUUACGUGUUGCUUUUCAUGUGCUGUGCCAAGUCUUGAUAAUACUUUUUCCCCCAACCAAGGGACCUCAUAACCUGAUUAUGGUUAUUGCUUUACAAACAGUUUUGACAGAAGGUGGCUGCUAGAGCUUAACAUAUGUCCCGGUUCCGUGUGAUGGAGCCGGUUCUUGCAAACUAAGCUCAAUGUUUAUCCUUUGCUGAAAUCAGCAAAUAGAGUUAGAGAGAUACCCAGUCAUCUAUCACACCAAAUAAAAGGACAUAACGGCUUUCAAAAGGGUUUUCCCACUUACCCAAAAGGCUUUCUGAAAGCUUCUACCUCUGCAAAAAAGAAAAAAAGGAAAAAGGAAAAAAAAAAGAAAAAAAGGAAAAAAAAGGAAAAAAAAAGAGAAAAAAGUUAGAACAAUUAUGGCAGAUUGCAUGAAACAUGAGAACGUCACAGUGACUGCUACUUUUCAUUCUGUUUGUCUUUGGGUCAUGAUCAACGAACCGGAAGUUAUUGACAUGGUAUCAAAAGAGAGAUUGGUAUUCUGAAGGAUGUCUAGGAUACUGCUGUCAGGAUUAUCUGAAAGGGAAUGAAUCUUUCGGGUGCAUGUCCAAAAAGCUUUGAUGGACUGGAAGGAACUGGGAGAGUUGUACCAUCAGGAGGGUGGCCUAAGACUACAAUGCUAAAGUAUGCAUACCUCAGUUUCAAAACUUUUGAAAGGAAGUCUCAGCCACAGAAUGCAUAUACCUGUAGAGUUUUGCAUGGGUUUUAUAUGAAUACAAUUUUAAAAAAUAGCUGCUUGCACAUUAUACCAGAAAAACCUCCAAAACUGCAAUUGCUUUGAAAAUAGAUUUUAGGUUUUUUGGAGUUUUCUGAAAUGCUUGGUCUGUAUUUUGAUAAUUGUGCAUAUUAUGUAAAAAUGUUGGUGGACCCAUAAAUGACCAGACUUUUUCUAAGAAAAAUGUUGCUUUAAUGCAUUUCAUGGAUUUUUACUCUUCUAUCAUUGCUUGCUAGUAAUAGCAAACCUGCUUUUCUGCAUCUGCUUUGCGUAGCUGUUGUAAGGCUUUGAACUAAUGUAUGUAUUUAUUGCUUGAACUUCUGUGCAUACCUUAUAAAGCAUAAUGUCUGACAAUUUAAAUGGCUCAUGUAUUCUUGCUUCUACCAUAAGCUGAUUAUGGAGACUAUGAUCUUUUGUAUACAGCAAAUUUUAACUGUAGCACAAACAUCUGUUUAUGUAUUGGUGGGAUAUACCUGUUUUAUUUAUCUUCUUUGAGGUAAACUAAUUUUUGAUACUUUUCAUUACUGUGUACUAUGUUCAUACUUUGAAUUCUCUGACGUUAGAAGUCAUGGUUGAGAAUUGUAACACAGCUGUUAUUCGUUCUGUAUUCAUGGCUUUCACUGAUGAAUAAAAUAAAGGACCAAACCUAGGAUUUGAAAGGAAACUGUCUACCUCUAACACCAGGGAGUUAUCAGAUUCUAUUUUACAUAGUUAAGUCUACAAAGACACAACCGCUUAAACCUAGUGGGCUUAAGGCUUAUAUUCUGUGUGGUUGGAUUCAUGGCACCGUUGUAUUGUUUGGAAAUCAAUUAAAAUUUUAUGUGACUGUUAAAAAUAUUUGGUAGAAUUACCACUAACUGGGUUUUCUUUAGAUAAGUCAGAUAAAGAGAAAUGUCAUCAGCAUUCUGUGUCUUCAGCGGCUUAACUUCAUAAGAAUGCAUUUCUGUGUGAUUAGGGAAUCGAAGAACAGCCAGCUAGGAAUGGAGCUACAGAAGUACACUUAAAAUAACUGCUUCAGGACUUUCAUGUCCCUAAGCAAAUUCAGCUGCAAAAUCUAAUAGCCUAUUUUGUAAAGUUUUCAAAUUGGGCGUUUACGUUUUUGAAAAAUUGUAAGACCCCGUAUUACUCAUGUCAAUAUGAACACACCCCUGGGCAGUAACUUCACUGACACAUUAACUGCUGAAAGAAACACCACUUUUCUUGUUACUUCAUUCAUUCAGCCAGCAAUGAAAGAGGCUUUUUUUUUUCUCCAUCCAAGAACACUUGACGAAUCUUACUUAGCAGAAAAGAAGGUUGUACAUUUUCUUAUAGAAUUAAUGUACGAACAGUGUGCCACUACUGCCGGAUGUAAAAAUGUAUAUGAAACCAUUUCAUUCAGUUGCUUACAUUUCUGAAAUAUAAAUAAAAAAAUCAAUUCUUUUUGACCCAUUUAUAAAACUAGGAUUUUAUUCUUUCAGAGAGAUCAUUCUUCCAUACUAAAGACAAUCCACAAAGUUGUGUGUCCAUGUCCUGCAAUUUGUUAAAAAAUGAAAUUCCAAGAAUUUGGGAAUCCUAAAGUUGAUGACAUUCAAAUUUAGUCAUUAAAGAUUUUAGCUGCUUGUCAGAUGCACUCCAAUGAGAGUUAUCCUUGGGUUGAAAUUUGCUCCUUCGUAACCUCCAUUGUUUAUUUCUGUUUUAU